GUUUCUGGGUUUAUUUCGAAAUAACGUUAUUGUUAUUAUUGUAAAUGCUUGGAAAUUAAGAUCUCUGUCAGUUUUGUAGUUUGUUCUUGAGUGUUGUGUUGAUUUAAUCAUACAAUUUUGAGUUUCCGUUAUUUCGAAUAAGGAUUGGUUUGAGAAUGGAUAUGGGGUUUUGGCCUCAACUUGGUAGCUUAUAGGAGUUUGUGAUUUCAUAUUUGAUGUUAUAACGAUUUUUAAAGGAAGAACGUGGAGACCAAAAACUAUCAUUAUUUAAGCUUGAUAUAAUAAUUUGGGGACAAGUUGUGCUCAAAAAGAAUUGAAGCGAUGGUUGUAUCGGAUGUAUGUCCAACUGAAGAUGCCAUUCUUGCAUUUUUGGAGUACUUGGUAGAUCCACUGCUACCAGAAAAUUCUUCAUUGCGUGAUACUUCAUCACAAUCUCAAAAAAAAUCAGUUGCUAAACAGGUUCAUGCUGUGGUGUUACUUUACAACUACUACCAUAGAAAACAACAACCGCAUCUAAGAUUUGAGGGUUUUGAGUCAUUUUGUAAGUUAGUUGUAAUUCUGCGGCCAGCUCUACUAACACAUUUGAAGCUCUUGCUAAGAUCUGAUGAUUCUGAAUUAGAUGACCUGGACAAACAGAUUUCAUUGACAGAGAAGGCAGUUAUGGAUGCGUGUGAUAUAGCCAAGACUUUAGAUGCAUCAAAAGAUGUUCCAAUUACAGAAGGAUGGCCAAUUUCAAAAGUAGUGGUUUUUCUAAUUGACACAAAGAAGGAGAAAUGUUUUCUGCAAUUUCAUUUCAUCACUCAAGGGGUUUGGUCGAUGAUUGAAAAGGAUUUUAAUAACUCUAAUUGCGUUUCAGAAACUGUGAUAGAGGGAAAACGUAAAGCAAAGAAGAUAAAAUUAACUAAAGGACCUGUGAGAGGUGAUUUGGGUGCCGAUGAACUUUCCUUUCAGCAACUUGCAUUUUCAGCUGUCAAGGAAGCAACAGGAUUUAAUGAAAGUGAUCUUACAAUUUUGGGGAGUAAUGUUGUAUACACUCUGAGUAAAGAAAAGACAGCUGCUCGAUUCUAUAUGAUGCAAUCCACUCAACCUAAAAAGGAUGACAAAUUCAAAAAUCCUAUUAAAGAUGUUAUUCACAGUCUGCAGGGCCCUUUGGUAACAAGGAAUUUGCAACAACGGAUCGUUACCCCAGUUGUCAAAUACUUUCAUCUGCUUCCUUACGCUGGGAUUAUGUCAGAUUGGUUUUCUAGGUGUGUGAAUCUCUUUUCAGAUCUUCACCAUCCCUGUGUUCUAAAAUAUAAAAUGAAGGAUGCUUGCUAACAAUUUGCAAGAUCAAAACUCGGGAUCGAAAAGCAUAAAUGUUAGCAGCUAAGGAUCUCUUACGAUCAUUGAUCCAUUUGUUGGAAGCAGCCCAAAUUUUGAUACUAAACCACACUUGAAAAACAAGAAUAGAAGUUGCAGGGAUUGAUUAUCUGGUGAAUUAGUUUUGUGUUUCUUCUUGAAAAUAUUUAAAUAGAUUGAUUUACAAAAAAUGAAAAUGCAUUGAGCGAUAUUUAAACGAAAAUAACAUUUUGAAACUGUGAAAAUGAUCAGUUUUGGCAUGUUGCACUGGAUUUGAAGCUAAAGCAAUUACACUAACAUUAUCACACCAUUGUACUGGUGUUUCUAUCAUAAGUUUUAAUUCUCUAAAAAGAUGUAAAAUCCAGAUUUCAUCUGUUGCAGCCUGAGCCAACGCUCUAUAUUCUGACUGCGCCGAAGAUCUAGCUACAACACGUUUCUUUGAAGACUAAUGUAUCAAAUUUCCCACCAAGGUAAAGACUGAUUUCAUCUGUAAACCUUUUGUCCUCCAAUUUGCUUGCCCAGUCAGCAUAAGUAUAUCCUUUAAGGAUUAAUGGAAUUUUUACUUGAAAAUACAACUUAUGUAUCAGGUUCCUUUCAGAAACCUGAACAAUCUUUUGCAUGCUUGCCAUUGUAAUGUGGCAGCAGAUUGCAUGUAUUGAUUUAGCUUAUUGAUAGUAGAAGCUAUGUCUAGUCGGGUGAGACUUAGAUAUUGUAAUGUUUCAACUAUCUUCCUACAGGGUGUUAUUAGGAAAGAGCUUGGGCAGCUAUUAGCUUUAGAAAGAUUUGCCUUCUUUAAGUAGAUCUCUGUUGUACUUAGUUUGACCGAGACAUAGGCCUGCAUUCUCUCAAACAACUUCUAUGCCCAAAAUAUAGCUCAGACGUUUCAAGUGUUUUGAGAGAGAA